UCUCUCCCAGCUUUGGUUCUUCACUGCUCACACACGGACUUCCGGUCUAUGACCAGCAACUGAAACAACGGGAGGAAUUUCGUUCGUCUCAGAGCUCUGGUGGUGCUUUCAUGGCGACUUACAAGUUAUUGACUGUGACUAUUUUUCUAGCCUUAAUUUUUGUGAGAAUUGGGGCAGAGACAGAAAUCAAGGAUGAAGUUGUUGUAUCGGAAGCCUCUGAUUCGUCUCUGAUCAAACUGAAGGAGCUUAAAUCGAGGAUCUCUGUUCUAGAGUCUAGCAUUGAUGAAAAAAGCCUAGAGUUGAAGGGCAAGGAUGAUACCAUUGCACAGAUGGGAAAGACUAUUAGAGAGAAAUCAGAUAGCAUUGCAUCAUUACAGAUUGAAAUAGAUGCGCUCCAGAGAAAAGGGACUGCAGAUGCUGAAGAGCAGGUGGUAAAGGCUCAUGCAAGGGCAGGCGAACUUGAGAAACAGGUUGAUAAACUUAAAAAAGAAGUAGAAACACAGAAUACAAAAAAGGAUGCUUUGGAAGCCCGAUCAAGUGAAGCUGAGAAGAAAAUGCGUGAAUUGGAGGCCAAACUACAGAAUCUCCAAAAGAUCAAUGAUGGACAGAAAAGCAGAAUUCGUAAAACUGAGCGUGCCCUUAAAGCGGCAGAGGAAGAGAUGAUGAAGGCAAAGUUGGAGGCCACUUCAAAGACUAAAGAAUUGUUGGAGGUUCAUGGUGCAUGGCUUCCAUCUUGGCUUGCAACUCAUUUACUUCAUUACCAGUCCUUUAUGGAAAAAGAGUGGAAUGAGCAUGGGAGGCCUGCCAUGGAUGUUGCCACCCAAAAGGCUCUAGAGAUAAAAGCUCAGGCUGAGAAGUGGGCUUUACCCCACAUUGAAACAGUUAAAACUUGGUGGAUCCCAGCUUUCCAAGAUCAAUGGCUGUCCUUUACAACCUAUGUUGAACCACAUGUUCAAUUAAUAACCACCAAAGCUGCUGAGGUUUAUGAGACAUCCAAGAAUUCCAUAACACCACAUGUUUACAGAGUACAAGAAUUUGCAGAUCCUUACAUUCAGGAAGCUAAGAAGUUUACCAGACCUUACCUCGAUCAGGUUGCAAUUGCAGCAAGACCUCAUGUUGAUAAAGCACGAGUUGCAUUGAAACCUUAUACUAAGAAAGCUGUUCAUGCUUAUGGAAAAUUCCUCAAAUCUUCAAGAAUAUACCAUCAUCAGGUCCAAGGCUAUUUACAGGAAAAUUUUAAAAAGCAUGAGUUAACACGACCUCUUGCAACUGAAAGAAUGGUUUGGUUUUUGGCCUCUGUUUUAUUGGCUCUUCCAAUAAUUGUUCUGUUUAAGUGGUUUUCAACUUUCUUCUGUAAGAAGGCUAAAAAACCCACUCGAAGUGCCCAUUCAAAUCAUACACGCCGUAGGGCCAAGCGGGGACAUCCUGACAAGCAACACCAUACGAGUAUUUGAUGUAUGCUUUUGGCAUAUUCUCUAGAGAUAUGGGAAAUUUUCAACAGGACCGAUGUAUUUUUGGGGCUAUAAGCAUUUGGUCUUCAUUUGUGAAAUUAAAUGUUGGGUCAGAAGUUAAAGCGCGUUUUGUAAAUGAAGGAAAGAAAUGCUUGAAACUCACUCUCCUAAUAGGAAACAAAACAGCGAAAGGAAAGAACUAUACCAAAGUCUAGAAAUUUUUGGGGGCUUGUGUUUAUUUGUUGUGCUGUAUUCUUUUCUUGCGUUUAUUUUGUAAGGAUUUUGCACGGUAGCUGUCUGGUCUCGUCUUCUUUCUCUUUGGUAGAACAAAUUUCUAUAAUGGUGGUAGUUUUAUAAUUUUUAUUUUUGUUUGACAGCAAGGUAACUCGUCUAUCUCCUUGUUUGAUUUUCCCAGGAACUAAGAGCUCUCCUGUUCUAUUGCUUUUCGUA